AAACUUGAGAUCCAAUUGGUUUGUGUUCCUGACCUGCCAUACAUAACCCUCAUAUCUGCUUCUGUUCUGUCUGAACGUCGAGACAAAAUCACCCGCCGGCCGCCGGAGAUGGAGAUGUCCGGCCAUAAUUCCGGCGAAUUCGACCGGAAAAGUCAGCGGAAGGUGGGUCUUGUUUACGAUGAGAGAAUGUGUAAACACGAAACUCCGGACGGCGAUGAUCACCCGGAGUGUCCCGAUCGCAUUAGGGCUAUCUGGUACAAGCUUGAGCACGCCGGCGUCACUCAGAGGUGUGUAGUUUUUAGCGGUAGCAAAGCUGAAGAUAAGCAUCUUCAAUUGGUUCACACAAAGAACCAUGUUAAUUUGGUCAAGUGUAUUGGCUCAAAAGAAUAUAAUUCCCAGAGGAAAAAGAUUGCUUCACAGUUCAAUUCAAUUUAUUUGAAUAGAUGUUCAUCAGAGGCCGCAUACCUUGCUGCUGGAUCUGUUGUGAAGGUGGCGGAGAAAGUUGCCAAGGGAGAGUUGGAUUCUGCCUUUGCUAUUGUCAGGCCUCCGGGGCACCAUGCUGAGGCAGAUGAAGCUAUGGGAUUCUGUCUAUUCAACAAUGUGGCAGUUGCUGCCAGUUUUCUGUUAAAUGAGAGACCUGAUCUGGGUGUGAAGAAAAUUUUGAUUGUUGACUGGGAUGUCCACCAUGGCAAUGGUACCCAGAAAAUGUUCUGGAAAGAUCCCCAUGUUCUGUUUUUCUCAGUUCAUAGGCAUGAGUCUGGAAGCUUCUAUCCGUCAGGUGAUGAUGGAUUUUAUAGCAUGGUUGGGGAAGGUCCAGGUGAAGGAUUCAACAUAAAUGUCCCAUGGGAGAAUGGAAGAUGUGGAGAUGCAGAUUAUCUUGCUGUUUGGGACCAUAUCUUGGUUCCUGUGGCAAAGGAAUUCAAUCCCGAUAUUAUUUUGGUGUCAGCUGGUUUCGAUGCAGCUGUUCGUGAUCCGCUUGGAGGCUGUCGUGUUACACCAUAUGGAUACUCAGUUAUGCUGAAAAAGUUGAUGGAGUUUGCACGAGGAAAGAUUGUUUUGGCGUUAGAGGGAGGAUACAAUCUUAAUUCAAUUGCAAAUUGUUCACUUGCAUGUUUGCAAGUUUUGCUGGAAGAUAAACCGAUUCAGGGUUCUUCUGAAGCGUAUCCAUUCGAGUCUACUUGGUGUAUCAUACAAGCAGUACGCAAGAGGUUGUGCUCUUUCUGGCCAUCUCUUGCAGAUGAAUUGCCAUCUACGUUGAUUGAUCAGAAAGCUCCCAACCCGAAUAUGCUUAUCUCAAGUUCUGAGUCUGAAACCGAAGAUGAUGAGGCCCAUGAUAUGCCAGAGUCUAUCGAUGCUCUUGGUCGGGAAAUUUUGGAGAAAAUAAAAAAACUUAACAUUGGCGACUACCAUGAUCAAGUUGAUUCUGCUUCUACCUUUUGGAGAACCAAUCUCGCAAAGGUUGACAUUUGGUAUGCCACGUUUGGAUCCAACAUGUGGAAGCCGAGAUUUCUUUGUUAUAUUCUAGGGGGACAAGCAGAAGGAAUGAAAAGGGCAUGUGUUGGUUCAAUGGAUAAAAAUCUCCCAAAAGAGAUCUUGUGGGAAACUUUUCCACAUCGGUUGUUCUUCGGUCACGAAUCUACAGUUACUUGGGGAGAAGGUGGAGUUGCCUUUGUCCACCCCGAGAGUAAUCCUGAGGAGAAGUCACAUAUGUGCUUGUACAGAAUCACGCUCGAGCAGUUCAACGAUGUUCUGUUUCAGGAAAACCAUUUGAAUGUAGAUGCUGAUUCUCCGCUGUUUGAUCUGACAGCUUUGGACUUGAUUGAGAACAAAGGAUCCUUGUCAUCAUCAGAAGCAUUUCUGAAUGGAUGGUACGGCAAUGUUGUUUGCUUGGGAAAAGAACGUGGAAUCCCUAUACUAACAAUGACAUGUCCACUUUCUCAUGUUGAGAAGUUCAAAACCGGAGAGUUCCCUCUCCGUCCUCCAGCGAAAGCCUAUGCCAACACUCUGAUAAGAGGCCUUGUAGAAGGAGGACGGCUCUCUGAAGAAGAAGCCAAGGCUUACAUAGAGAAUGCCACCUUGAAACCUCUCUGAUCCUUUUUGAAGCCUUCAGUCAGGUUUCCAAGUGAUUUGAUGUUUAAAUGUUAUUUGGUAUUUUGUAUUGAUGGACAUAUUGUACAUGUGGAAGGGUAGAUUAUGGUUUCUCUUUGGCUCUGUCUGCUCUUUGUUCAUGCAGGGGACACUAAUUGACAAUUAUAGUUUAGAAGUGUAUUAGGCAAUGGUUAAGCAUAUUGGACAGGAAAAUGGUUAUUGAA